GCCGUGUGAUCCAACAUGGCGGACAGGCAGGUGCUGUGUGUGGGUCUCGUGUGUCUGGACAUCAUCAGCGAGGUGGAGCGCUUCCCCGCGGAGGACUCCGACACCAGGUGUGUGUCCCAGCGUUGGCAGCGAGGCGGGAACGCCUCCAACUCGUGCACGGUGCUGUCGCUGCUCGGCGCCCCCUGCGCCUUCAUGGGCUCGCUGGCCCCCGGCCCCGUGGCAGAUUUUGUUCGUGCUGACUUCAGGAAGUACCAUAUCGACAUCUCUCAGGUGUGUGAGCAUGCUCAGUGCUGCCUGCCGGCCUCAGUCGUCAUCAGCAACGUCUCCACCGGCAGCCGCACCAUCCUGCACAUGAACAGGAACCUGCCUGACGUGACGGACGACGACUUCUCCAAGCUCGACCUCAGCCGCUUCAUGUGGAUCCACUGGGAGGGCCGAAACGCCGAUGAGCAGGCGAAGAUGAUCCAGCGGGUGAUGCUUUAUAACAGCACGUUACCACGGCAACAGAGAAUCACCAUUUCUGUGGAGAUAGAGAAGACUAGAGAGUUGCUAUACCAGCUGUUUCCUCUCGGUGAUGUGGUUUUUGUCAGUAAAGACGUGGCGGUGACGUUUGGUUUCCACUCGGCUGACGCAGCGGUCAGAGGGCUGUACCACCGAGUGAAGGAGGGGGCCGUCCUGAUUUGUGCCUGGGCUGAAAAAGGCGCUGAUGCCAUGGGUCCUGAUGGUGUGGUCGUCCACUCAGAUGCCUUCCCCCCUGCAGCACUGGUGGACACGCUGGGAGCCGGAGACACUUUCAACGCUGCCGUCAUCUACACCCUGUCCCACGGUGGCUCUCUGCAGGACGCGCUGACGUUUGGCUGCCAGGUGGCCGGCAGGAAGUGCGGCGUCCAUGGAUACGAUGGCAUUGUGGAAAAGUAAAAAUACAAAUCAACAAUGAAGAGGAAAGAGGAUGAAUGAGGCUGGAGAGAAAAUAUUGAUUAUUCAAUAUUGAUUCCUCUGAAAUACAAACUUUGGGCAAACUGUCUGACCUUAAAAUAACCUUAAAAAAAGAACUGACCUGAAUUUAAUCAACCAAGGAAAAAAGUCCUGAAAGAAAAGUUUAAAUAUUUUUUUUUUUUUUUUUUUUUUUUGCAA